AGACCUGCCGGGCCUCCUCCCUCCCUCCGUCCUCCGCCCGCCUCGCUCCGCCCCUUCCUGUUUCGGCUCCUGCUCGUUGUGGUGCGGGAUUUUGCCGGGGCGGCUGCCGAGAUGUUGGACGUCAAGGCCUGGGCGGAGUACGUCGUGGAAUGGGCCGCGAAGGACCCUUACGGCUUCCUCACCACGGUCAUCCUGGCCCUGACCCCGCUCUUCCUCGCUAGCGCGGUGCUGUCGUGGAAGCUGGCAAACAUGAUUGAGGCCCGGGAGAAGGAGCAGAAGAAGAAGCAGAAACGUCAGGAGAACAUCGCCAAGUGCAAGCGCGUGAAGAAGGAGUGAGUCUGCCGCUGAGCGGCCGUGAGGCGGGAGAAUGAGGGGCCCGGGCCCAGGAGCCGAUCAGAGAAGCUUCGCCCGUGGUCUCCCGUCACAUCUGCCGUCCCACUCGCUUUGGCCCCGUGAAACGUUUCCAGUCUAACCCCGACGCUGCACCCCGUCGUCGCUCGACCGACGGGCUCCCGUUGGCUGGGGUCCGGCGGCCGUAACUCCUCAGUUUCCGGCGGACGCGCACCCUAGAGAUUCCUGCUUCCUUCGGGGGCCCGGCCGCCCCGCCGCCCUCCUGUCCGGUGGGCGGGGAAGCCAAGACUCCCCCUCAGACAAGGGGCGGGAGUUGAGCCUCUGCUCUGGUCACGGUGCGGCCAGGGGUCCGUCCCGGGCAGGCAGCAAGAUUCUUUUAGAGACACGACGGUCUGGGCUUCGGGUGCGGCUCGCGGCCACCGUUCUUUUUCCAACGAGGGACUGUUUGCGGCGGCUCGGCUUUCUCUGCGGCUCCUCCGCCCCGGGCCCCAGAGUGAAACCCGUUCUUGUUUUUGCACCACUUCGUCUGGUUCCUCCGACGAGCCGCGACCGGACCGUGGGCAAGACGGAGCUGGUGUGCAGCAGGGAAGACCUCCGGGCUCUCCCGGGACCUGGCGUGCCGGGGGUGGGAGCCGCUUUUCUAGGUCGGGCGUUGGGGCGCUCAGGCUGUGUCCCGUGACUCUUGGGCCGAACCUUUGGCUUUGGACUCCUCCCUGGGCUGUAGCCCCCGGGCUCUGCCACUAAGAAGAAGGAUGGGAUGGCGCAGCCUGGUUCCAUCGGGAAGGAUGGACAGGUGGGAGCUCGGUCCACCCCUUCCUUGACUUCUGGAGGCCGGGGAGCAAGGAGAGAGAGCUCUUACUAUCGGGGAGGCAGGUGUUGAAAAUCAACUUCUUUUCUGUUUCAGUAUCCGGUAAAAGAUAGUCUUCCCCAGGGCCGGGAAAUUCGGGCACACACGGGGGAACGCGAGGGUGGGAAGCUCCUCUCCUCCCGCCCGCCCCCGAGGGCCGGCUCCGCGGCCCCGACUGGGACGGCCUCGGCCCGCCCGGUCCGCGAGGAGCCCGCCUCCCGCCGCCGCCAGCUCGGAUCCGGCCCCGGCGGCGCGUGGCCGUCUCUGGGCCCCCCGUUCCUGGCGUCAGAUCCCCGUGGCGCUGUUCCUCUCCGACGGAUUAGGAUUGGGUAUUCCUCAUAUCUGCUAGAGAUCCAAGUUUAAAAUAAUUAACCGGAGUGCAGAUGAGUCGAAAGCGAAAUCUGCCGUUCAAAUAAAUUUGAUACUUUUGUAAAGAG